GCACGUUAAAAACCGAUGGCGGUAAGAGACGGCGCCGACGGUUUCCCCCAUCGCUCUGGUUUCGGGAAUCAUGUGGCAGGUUCCCCCAACGCCGAAGCAGCUGGCGGCGGCGGCCUGCUGCUUCGCGACGGGCGUCGCGCUGAUCGCCGUCGGGAUCCAUCUCUCCUACGCCAACGUCGCCCCCCAGCAAGCCCGCGCCCAGGCCCGCCGCGAGCUCGUCCGCGAAUACCUCCGCAAGAAGUUCGACCAAUAGCCAUCCUCCGAAUCCCCUCUUCGUUGCUCAUAUUUUUCGUCUCCAGUUUGCGCAGAAAGCUUCUUAAUGGAUUUCCUUUUCUGGUUGUAUUUCUUCAAUCAGCAAACAAGUUCUAUUGGGGAGAAAGCCAUCCAUUAUAUGGUUUGAGGAUGACAGUAAUCAAGGCUGGGCCCUGUGAUACAAUGAACUGGAUAUUGAAGAAUACUGAUAGCCUUUACUCAAGGUGCCACACCAUCUUUGGUUGUGUACUAAUAUGGGGUAUGGCUGAAGCAGUCAAUCAGAAAGUGUUUUCAUUUGUUGCACAAUCCAUCCUCGCAUGACUUUAUGAUUAGCUUAAGGUUUUUUUUGUUCUUUUUACCUUUUGAAAUGCAUGUAUCAGUUUCUCCAUUUUGGUAAUCUUGCAUGUGAAUUCUUUUCUGGGCAAGCCUUGAAGCUCUGCAAACCCGAAGAAAUGGGAUCUAUCUUAUUUGGCAUUCGGCACCCACAAAAAAUGCCCAGUGGAAUCCCAUGCAUUGGGACAUAUGUUGACACUGGUUCAGGAAACUGGUGAAUCAGGUGAUGAUACUUGCUCAACCGGCUCAGAGCUGGCCAUCAAUCUGAUGGAAAAGGACUAUUGGGGUGUGGGGCCUGCAAAGUUACUUAAAACCUAUGAAACUUGUCUAAGAAAAGUACAAGACCGGGAUGUCUAGUGUUCUUUGUUAGCUUGUUGAUCAACUGGUUUUAUCUAUGAAUCUAUAUAUUGUGGAUUGUUGCCUGAUACGUUUCUUGUAUUCCAAAGGAAGUUGCAUACAUUAAGAUGUCAUCCCUGUGAGGCAUGAAGAGAUCAGGCAACGAUCCAAGUUGUUGGGGGAAAAAAAAUAAAAUAGUGGCGAUUGCAAUUGUCUGCAGAAGAUGGGUGCUUGCAAAUAGUGCUGGCCAAGUGAUCUGUGGUCUUGUAUAAUUUGGAAGGCUGCUGUAUGUUGUGAAAUUUUGUUCGGUGGUAUUUAUUGGAAGAUUUAUUGACUA